UUGGUGGAGAGGUGGGAAAAAAACGUCACGCCGUCAUGACGGAUGGGCGGAGCUUGCGCGAGCAGGCAGCGAGGUUUGAAUAAGGGAAGUUUGACAGAGAGCGGAGAUCCGCGCUGAGGCUCUUCACUGCACUUCAGUCCUCCAGUGAUCCACUCUCUUCCAAUGUGAGAGAUCUGCGCUGUUUGCCCGGACCAGACUCUGCGACAGCGUCACAUACAAAUCAAGAUCUCCUCCAACUCCAGUUUUUCAGUGGGUUUUUUUUUUUUUUUUUUUUUUUUUUAGAGAGUGUGAGAGUGUGUGUGUGUGUGUGCUCUGUUUCUCUUUCUGCUUGUGUCUCACGCGCUCGGGAUUUGCGAUGGAUGUUCUACCCAUGUGCAGCAUUUUCCAGGAGCUGCAGAUAGUCCAUGACACCGGCUAUUUCUCAGCGUUACCGUCGCUGGAAGAAUACUGGCAACAGACAUGUCUGGAGCUGGAGCGCUACCUGCAGAGCGAGCCGUACGUCUCGGCAGCCGAGCUCAAGUUCGACCCUCAGGAGGACCUGUGGAGCAAACUGAUCUUGGCUUGCGGCGACGGUGACAAGAGUGAAAUGGACUCGAACUCGAACGCUGAUCUCGCUCACGUCAAAGAGGAGGACGCUCAGGACGGCCCGAUGUCGGAAACGCGUAGCGUGAACUCGGACGCCAGCAGCGAGGUGUCGGAUAGCUCCGAGGAGCUCUCGCCGACGCACAUCUUCAGCUCGAACCCUCUCGGCCCGGGACACUUGGCCUCGUCCAUCAUCGCCACGCCGCCGUCAUCUCCGGAGGCGCUGCAGGAACCUGCCAUCCCUCAGCUCUGGGGAUCCAUACACACUGAUCUACACGUAGCCGGUAAGGCCAGGCACAGUGGAACGGCCAAGGGCUCGGAUAAGCUGGCAUUGCCCGGAGGUGACGCGUCUCCGGACGGCAGGAGGAGGGUGCACAGGUGCCAUUUCAACGGCUGCCGCAAAGUUUACACGAAGAGUUCACACUUAAAAGCACAUCAGCGGACUCACACGGGUGAGAAGCCGUACAGGUGUUCGUGGGAAGGCUGUGAGUGGCGCUUUGCACGCAGUGAUGAGCUAACCCGGCACUUCAGGAAGCACACGGGUGCAAAGCCAUUUAAAUGCAGUCACUGUGACAGGUGUUUCUCCAGGUCAGACCACCUGGCCCUGCACAUGAAGAGGCACCUCUGAGCAGGUCGUGGCAAGUGCGGAUUUGCUCUCGUUGUAUCGUGACCAGCCUCCUGGUUGCCCUGCCCUCGUCGGGGGGAGGAGUGUGUGUCCAGCCAAAGCAUGCCAUUUUGCACCGUACCCUGUGCCUCCGGGAAUCUCGGGGAGAAAGGCCUACUGAGCGGUUGUGGGGAAAAAAAUGCACAAAAAAAAAAAAAACAACAAAAAAAAAAAUAAAAAAAAGACAAAAAGAAAACGGAGAGGGAUGAAAUCACGUGCGAAGUAGAAGAAAAGCGAAGAAUGAAGGACUUUAGGACAAAAUGACAAAAAAAAAAAGCAAACAAAAAAUGAAUGAAUGAAUGAUGGUGUGUGUCAUAUGGUGCAUGUUGUUUUGGGACAGCUCCUGGACAACCAAUACACUGGUACUUAUUAGAAGAAAAAAAGCCUGUCUUGGGUGAACGUGAGCUCGCAGAGUGUGAGGAUGAGUGUAUAGUCUGUGAGUUUGGGGAGAGGGGUACCAGUGUGUUGCUGCAGACUGAACUGUGUGGGAGAAUUUGAGGGGUUUUUUUCUUGCAAGCCUGUGAUGGGGGAAGAGAAAAGCGUGUCUGCUCAGUGUCAGUGUGGAAGCUGGGACUCGCCCCAUUUCCCCCAGGCUCUGUGCUCUCAAAGGGAUGAUGGGACUUUGGUUACAUCUAAAUGCACCCCUUACCAACCACCAACCCACCCCCUCCCUGCUAAUCCCCCUUCCUUCCCGCAGUUGGAAGCUCUACAGAGUCCCUUCAUGAAUGAAAGUGGCUUUUUUUUUUGGUGUUUGGUGCAGCUACUAAAUGUGCAAUGUGUUCAGUAGCUUGUUUAUUGACAGGCUACAAAAAAGCUCUUUCGUUGUCCAUUGUAUAAGCUGUGUGCUUAGAGAUAAAACACAAAACUAUAACUUCACUAUCAUAGACAGGUGUUGCAUGGUAUUAGGGUUUGUACUCUUAUUUUUUUUCCUGUUCUUUGUUAUCAGGACUGCUAAUAGAUUCCAAUAAAGUGCAGCUAAAUACGAAUGGUUAAAUGUUACAAUAUAUUGUACAUAAAUGGAUUGAUGAUUCUUCUCUUUAAAUCCUGUCAUUGAUGCUUUUUUUCUUUUCUCGUGAGGAAAACCACUAUUGCUUAACGUUUUAUUUUAUUCACAAGUCUUCUUUCGUCUCCACAUCAUUGAGGACUGCAGUUCUCUCUUUUCCCCGUACAUCUCUCUCUCUCUCUCUCUCUCUCUCUCUCUCUCUCUCUCUCUCUCUCUCUCACCCACCCCCUUCAUUUUUACCUGUUAUUAAUGCACUGUUGACCUUAAUGGUGCCUUAUGCAAGUGACCUUGUCCUGUGGAAUAGAUUGGUCUUGGGGGUCACGCUUGUCUUGUAUGAGUGAAUUUCGCUUCAUUAAGGCUCCAUUUCCUAUGAAAAUGCACCUUUUUCUUUUUCAAAAAGUGACCGCUCCUAUCACGUGGAGAAACGCAACGAUUUACUCUUCAACGUCAACGCAGAUAUGUUCGUAGAAACAAAUGCAGCAAAGCACUUAUGGACAGUUUACUACAGUGUAUUAUGUAACGAAUGCUUGUUAAAAUGGAUUAAAAUAAAUAAAAUAAAAAAAAAAAUUCAUUGGUAACUGCAGAAAUGCUGCUUCUUGCCCAACAAGGCUCGAGGGGAAAUGGGAGAAUUACACAGCUGCCUUGCCAUUGUUUGACACCGCAGUUCAGAAGCCUGGACUCGUCUCCCCUGCAACCAAGACGGAGAACGGGGGUGGGGGGGGCGAGGCGCGGGGGGGGGGAGUAAUGAUUUAUUGUAAUUAACAAGCUCUAGCAGGACAGGCCUCGCCUUGUAGCGUAUCAGUGUAAUGAAUUACUAAAGGCUUUGCUGGCACACAUUCUGCCACAGACUGCUGACUACGACAGUUCGCUAUUGACCUGUCUGGACGGCGUUGUUUUAGCCUGGCAACAGUAUUAUGGAAACAGAGAACGGGCAUCCAGAAAGAUCAAGAUGAAUCACUUCUUUUCAUCCCGUACAAUGUAAAUCUACAGACGCUGAAUUGAAGCCUUUUCGUUUAUCAGACAGCUCUGCUGGCUGGCUGGAUGUCCUGUAAGCAUUUUUUUUUUCUUUUUCUGUGAGAUCAAAAUCUCUACCAAGGAUUACAAUCAAUUACAAUCCGAAUACCUGAAUAUCAUGCAUUCCUGUAAUGUGAAAAAAAAAAAAGAAAGAAAACCUGACAAAGCUCAACAGACGGUAAUACUGUGUAUAUAUCAGGGACUUACUGGAAUUGAGCAGCAGGGGCACAUGAAUUUAAGAUCAGAUCACUGCAGAGGAACAGCAUGAAGAAGCUUGGCUAUAAAAUCCAAUCAGCAAGGCUUUAGCAGGCAAAAAGAACAGUACAUCCUCUUUUGGAAAGAGUGGCCAGCAGCAUUCAAGUGGUAAUCGAGCCUUAAUCAAGCAUCCCAUUUUUUGCUUGUAACUAUAACCAACGCUUUCUAUCACACUUUUCCUCUCACUCCUUCUCCUGUUGUCUAUUUCUUGAAUAUUUGUACAAAAUUGAAAAGAGAUAAAAGUUACAAAUGAGAUACAAAAAAGCAUUUUCUAAGAUUUUUAUUUGUUCCUUCUUUAUAUAAAUUUUAUUUGAAAUUGUUUUGCAAAAUUGUUCUAUUUCUGUAUGAAUGUAUUUUUUAUUGGAAUAAUAAGAAAUUCUUAUCAGA